AGUACAGGGACCUUAGCCGGAAGGAUUAAAGAACCGUUCCAUUUCCGGAAGUAACGGGAGCGUUUCGAACAUGGCGACCUCCCAAGCGAACGGGCCAGCCCUGGCGGCUGGAAAGAGUGAAUUUCGUAACCAGAAGCAGAAGCAGGAGAACCGAGAUGAAUCAGAACUCCUCACUGUUCCUGAUGGUUGGAAGGAACCAGCUUUUUCCAAAGAGGACAAUCCCAGAGGACUCUUGGAGGAAAGCAGUUUUGCAACUUUGUUCCCAAAAUAUAGAGAAGCUUACUUGAAAGAGUGCUGGCCCUUGGUUCAAAAAGCCUUGAAUGAACAUCAUGUUAAUGCAACCCUGGACCUGAUCGAGGGCAGCAUGACUGUUUGUACAACAAAGAAGACUUUUGAUCCAUACAUCAUCAUUAGGGCCAGAGACCUAAUAAAACUACUAGCAAGGAGUGUUUCAUUUGAACAGGCAGUACGAAUUCUUCAGGAUGAUAUUGCAUGCGACAUCAUUAAAAUAGGUUCUUUAGUAAGAAAUAAAGAAAGGUUUGUAAAAAGAAGACAACGGCUUAUUGGUCCCAAAGGAUCUACAUUAAAGGCAUUGGAACUCUUAACAAACUGUUACAUUAUGGUUCAGGGAAACACGGUUUCAGCCAUUGGACCUUUUAGUGGCUUAAAAGAGGUUCGAAAAGUAGUCCUAGAUACUAUGAAGAAUAUUCAUCCAAUUUAUAAUAUUAAAACCUUAAUGAUUAAACGAGAGUUGGCAAAAGAUUCUGAAUUAAGAUCACAAAGUUGGGAAAGAUUUUUGCCACAGUUCAAGCACAAAAAUGUGAAUAAACGCAAGGAACCAAAGAAAAAAACUGUUAAGAAAGAAUAUACACCAUUCCCACCACCACAACCAGAAAGUCAGAUUGAUAAAGAAUUGGCUAGUGGUGAAUACUUUCUGAAGGCAAGUCAAAAGAAGCGACAGAAAAUGGAAGCAAUAAAGGCUAAACAAGCAGAAGCUCUCAGUAAGAGACAAGAGGAAAGAAACAAAGCUUUCAUUCCACCUAAAGAAAAGCCAGUUUUGAAACCUAAGGAAGCUUCUACUGAAACUAAAAUUGACGUGGCUGCCAUCAAGGAAAAGGUUAAGAAAGCAAAGAAUAAGAAACUGGGAGCUCUCACAGCUGAAGAAGUUAAGCUUAAAAUGGAAGUAGAUGAAAAGAAAAAGAAGAAAAAAAACCACCUGGGAAGGUCUGGUGCAGCCAGGGUCCCACCUUUGAAACACAUUUGGAGAGGCCUGCUGGGAAGCCAAAGAGAGGUCUAAAGCUUCAAAUCCUGGAGACCAGAGAGAGAACAAUAGAAGUCCGGGUUUGCAAGACAAAUACAAGAAGCAAGUUCAGAGAGAGGCUUAAAGAGUUUCCAUUCCCAGAACUGAGAGCCUUUCACUGAUGCCCAAGGCCAAGUUCCUGAGCAGGGAGGGUGUUAAGGGCUUGUAUGCUGUCCAGGCAACUUCCAAAAGGGCCCUUUGUACUCUGAGAUUCUAUAACACAUAUUUAAAUAGCAACUAUCAGUUCAAAAAAUUGGAAAGACGGAGAAAGUACAAGCUUUCAUUUCAGGAAUAAAACCCCAAAUCAGUGAACCGAUGUUAUGUUUGCAGAUUUCAUGCUUCAAGAAUGUGCACAGCUAAGGGGAAAAAUGUCGAGAUGAAUGGUAAAUAUAAUGCCUUAUGCAAAGAACAUUUUAAGUCUGUAAUAGCUUCCAAAAACACAGUAGGUAGGAAUUUGUUUGUUAUAUAACCCUCAUUUCUAAAAUAGCUCAAAUAUGUGAUUGAUUUAGUAAUUAAAAUAGUCAGUGAUUUGCCCUAGC